UUAAGCGGGGUGACUCCCUCACUCACACAUACACACACACUUCAGAUCCACGGACUGUAGGAUGCUCGCAGACUCUUCUCGAGCACUCAAACAGCAUCAUGUCGACUGUAAUGAGAAUGAGCGGCUUAGUAAACAUGUCGAGUCUCGCGGAUUUUGAGGCGCUCGCGCCAGCAAUCCCCGCCACUAAAGUUGAGAUCAGUGUGUCGUGCAGAAACCUCUUGGAUAGAGACACUUUCUCAAAAUCUGACCCAAUUUGUGUGCUGUAUACUCAAACAGUGGUAAACAGGGAGUGGAGAGAGUUUGGCCGGACAGAAGUUAUUGAUAACACCCUGAAUCCAGACUUUGUGCACAAAUUCAUCCUUGAUUAUUUCUUUGAGGAGAGACAAAAUUUACGCUUUGACCUGUAUGACCUUGACUCGAAGAGUGAAAACCUUUCCAAACAUGACUUCCUGGGCCAGAUGUACUGUACACUGGGAGAGGUGGUGGGCUCUCUGGGUAGUCGAAUGGAAAGACCGCUCCUAGGUAUUCCUGGCAAAAACUGUGGGACCAUUAUCGUGAAAGCAGAGGAGCUAGGAAAUUGCAGGGAGUCAGUACUGAUGCAGUUUUGUGGCAACAAGCUAGACAAGAAAGAUUUCUUUGGGAAGUCAGACCCUUUCCUUGUCUUCUAUCGUACCAAUGAAGAUGGAACAUUCACCAUCUGCCAUAAGACAGAGGUUGUAAAAAACACACUUGACCCUGUGUGGCAGGCCUUCAAGAUCCCUGUCAGAGCGCUGUGUAAUGGAGAUUAUGACAGAGCAAUAAAAAUCGAGGUGUAUGACUGGGACAGAGAUGGCGGUCAUGACUACAUCGGAGAGUUCAGCACCAGCUACAGGGAGCUGUCUAAAGGUCACUCUCACUUCACCGUGUGGGAGGUGCUGAACCCCAAGAAGAAGAAAAAGAAGAAAAAAUAUCUAAACUCAGGAACCGUCACCCUGCUGUCCUGCUUCAUUGAUGUUGAGGUCACGUUCCUGGACUACAUCAAAGGAGGCACGCAAAUAAAUUUCACGGUGGCGAUUGAUUUUACAGCAUCAAACGGCAACCCUUCCCAGCCUACCUCUCUGCAUUACAUGAGCCCGUAUCACCUGAACGCAUACGCGCUGGCCUUGAGAGCCGUCGGAGAGAUUAUUCAGGACUAUGACAGUGAUAAGAUGUUCCCUGCACUGGGGUUUGGUGCAAAACUGCCUCCUGACGGUCAUGUAUCUCAUGAAUUCCCCCUGAAUGGAAACCCUAAUAAUCCAUACUGUAGCGGUAUAGAUGGGAUACUAGAGGCUUAUUAUCAGAGUCUGAAGUCGGUUCGUCUCUAUGGUCCAACAUACUUCUCACCUGUCAUUAAUCAUGUAGCACGGUAUGCAUCGCUGGUAAAGGACGGCUCUGAAUAUUUUAUCCUUCUCAUCAUUUCUGAUGGCGUCAUCUCUGACAUGGCUCAGACUAAAGAGUCCAUUGUGAACGCCUCUUGUCUUCCCAUGUCAAUUAUAAUCGUUGGAGUCGGGCCGGCUGAGUUUGAUGAGAUGAUUGAACUGGACGGAGAUGAGGUCAGGAUAUCAUCCAGGGGACGCUUCGCCGAGAGAGACAUUGUUCAGUUUGUUCCUUUCCGUGACUACAUCGAUCGCAGGGGUAAUCACAUUCUCAGCAUGGCCCGCCUGGCAAAGGACGUUCUUGCGGAAAUCCCAGAUCAGUUCCUCCAGUACAUGAGGAGCAGAGGCAUCAAGCCGCAGACUGCGCCCCACUCCACGUCCUCCAAACCUCCAUCAACCUCCGUCGUACCCCCCGUCCACUCGCUUCAAACACAGAUCUGAGCGAGCGCACAAACAGCUCGUUGUCCGUUCGUGUCACUGUCGCUCUCAGGACCACACAAGGUCUUUCUGAGGAAACGACACGCACUCAGUACAUGAGCAUAUAUCGGGGUGUCGUGUGACAGCUCUUCACCCGGUACCGUCUUUUGUGCAGAGUUUUAGAUGGACUGUUUUUUAUCGAGUGGCCUCUUCGUUCAAAUGUCAAAUAUGAGUCCACUAUCUCCGUGUCUCACAUACAUCUUUUGUCUGGCGACCUCGAAGCAAACGUUUACAAUCGUACCAUUUUUUUACAUGGAUGUUUUUGUAUUUCUAUGAAAACAUGAACUGCCAAAGCUCUGAGCACGGGAAUUUUCACUCAUUUUGUUAAAUGAUGUAAAAAGCAAGAGUUUGAGAUUAUAGAAAAGCCACUCUUGGUGAGAUGAACUGUUUCUAGAAACACAUUGGUGCGUGGCCUUGCUUUCAUUUUCUUGUGUUUGUCAGACUGUAAAGAAUUAAUGCUCAGCUUUCACAACAUAAGCACAACACAUUCAGAGAUCAAAACAAAAAGCUUUACUUUCAGUUUAAAUCAAUACUGUAGGUUACACAGAAUAAAUAUUUUCAGGUCAUACCCUUCCAUUUCCAGGUUUUUGUUGACAUUCUGUGAAACGUUGUCUGGGUGAACGAACAUCAUAUGGGUUUGAAAUGGAGUAAAUAUGACAUCAUUUUUAUAUUGUUGUAUAAACGAUUCCUAUAAACACAGAACUGUAGCUGCUCUCGAUAUCUGUAUCCAAGCACAGAUGUAGCAUACUUUCAAAACGCGAACCACACAAGUGACAUGUUUUGCAUGCAGUUUUGGGGUAAACUUACAGUUUAAAUGCAGGUUUGUUAAUUGGGUCAUUCUACAUCAAAUUGCAUCUACACAUUUCUAUAGAAAACCACAUAUUACAUAGAUAUAUAAUGUAUUAAAUCAUCAAUUUCAAUACAUCUUUAACUAACUUAUAAUAGCAUUUAUUGUUUGUAAAAACAAUAUUUACAAAUAUUUAUGUUUUGAAAGUCGCUUGCAUGAAAAUAUGCAUGUAAAUUAUAAUCCAUUUUGUAGUUACAAUAAUAGAUUUGUUGUAAAAUGUUGUAUUUUUGAGAAAUUUGAAAUGGUAAUUUUUUUUACAAUAUUAUUUCGUAAUUUACAGUUAAAAGGGUCUAUACUGAACUGUAAAAAGUGAAAGUUGAAAUAACUAAAACAAAAUAAUAUAAUUAUUAAUACCUAGUUGAAAUAAGUUGAAAAAGUCUAUUUUAUUAGGGGUUUACCAAUUGAAUAUUAAAAAAAAAGUUUUUUUCACCUCAAAUGUUUCAUUUUAAGUGUUAACACUGUAAGACAAUACCGAAUAUAUUUUUAUGUUUCCUUAACUUAUAAAAACAAGUUGAAAUUGUUUAAAUUGUUUAUAACUUAAAAUAGUAGGUUGAAUUGACUUACAAAACCAAGUUGUUUUAACUUCAUGCAGUUGUUACCAAUUGAAGUAAUUUGCCAAUUAGCCCGUAGGAUGCCAAUUUUAAGCAUCCAGUCACUGUUUAUAAGUCCCGGACAACAGGUUUAAAUGCAUGCAAAGUAAAAAAAAAAAACACUGUAAUUUCCUUAAGAUAUAAAUUUAAAAUUACCCCAAUUCUCAGAGAUCCCCAAACAAUUCGUGUGAAGCCUUUCAACAAACCCCACCUCUCAGUAGCCUUCUCUGCUCUGAUUGGUCAACUGACACAGUCUCGGCACAGAUCAGUGGCACAGACCAACAAUAGUGCAACAUGAUUUUCUGAGAAGACAUUAUCUACAUCAAAACGCAACAUUCAUCAUUAUUCCAAGCUAUAAAAACGACGACAGAAACUAACGUUUUUACACUCAUUUAAGCAUUUAUGUAAGCUAACUGGGUCAUAGCAAAACAGUAAGUGCAGCAUGCGUUAGCCGCUUGCUAACUUGACUCCCUGACAGUAUAUUAAGAGUUUAAACACCAACAUCAAUACACAUCAUUCAGCAUUAGUCCAAGCAAUAAAAACAACGACAGACACUAACAUUUUACACUCAUUUAAGCAAGUAUGUAAGCUAACUGGACCAUAGCAAAAAUGUAAACACUGAGUUAGUGCAACAUGCGUGAGCCACUUGCUAACGUGACUCUCAAUACACAUCAUUCAUCAUCAGUCGAAGUUAUAAAAAAAUGAAACAGAUUAACAUUUUUACACUCAUUUAAGCAAGUGUAACCUAAGCUAACUGGGUCAUAGCAAAACCGUAAGUGCAGCAUGCGUUAGCCGCUUGCUAACGUGACUCCCUAACAGUAUAGAGUUUAAACACCAACAUCAAUACACAUCAUUCAGCAUUAGUCCAAGUUAGAAAAACGAAGACAGACAUUAACUUUUUUACACAUAUUUAAGCAAGUGUAACUUAAGCUAACCGGGCCACAGAUUAACUGCAACAUGCGUUGCUAGCGCAGCUUACCGAUAAGACAUUACAGUAAACUAGACAUUUUCGAACACUCGGGGGAAAAUAAACACAAUGUAAUAAUCAAACUUACAGGUUGUGGUUAGGAGACGCAUGUUGUUCCAAAUAAAGUGGGUACUUAACCAUCUUUCAUUGCCAAAGGUUUAGUUAAUCCCUCCGUGGAAAAGUCAUUUUAACCACUGAUUCUUCAGAGCCAAACGUUUAGUAAAUCCCUCUUUGAAAAAGUAAUUUUAACCACUGAUUCUUCAUAUCUUUAUCCUUUGGUAGUGAAAACAACACAAUCUGAAAACACAGCGUGAUAUGAUGUUUACAUACUAACUAGCUGUGGGCAGGUCAGAGUUUUAGUUUCUCCCGCGGGCAAGGAUUAUUAUGUAAAGUGUUCGUAUUACGUAGAUAAAGACAAGCAGGAGAUUCAAUCCAUAUGACGACUCGUUUCAGCGAUUCAGAAUCGACUGCCUACUUAGGAAGCCAAUAACUUUAUUAAUCGAACUACUUUGCACAUUGUUUACAUUGCACAUUGAUGGACAGCUACAUGUUACACUGCAAUACAGGUAAUUUUCGAUUUUGGAUCUGUGUGGCUUUUUAAGUAGAUUCAACUUUCACUUUUUAGCAUAUUAAUUUAUAUAUCCAUAUUAAAAGUAAAUGGUUUUAGGAAAGGAUUUUAUUUUAUUUUAUAGAUUCUUACCAAUUAUUUGUAGAAUGACCCAAUUAAAUAUGAUAUUUUGUGUGAGACCAAAUAAAAAUUUAUGUAUAAUGUAUAUUGACUAAAUUGUGACUAAGUUGUCACUUAAUGAGUAAAUAGUUUUUUUUAAAAUUCAGACCAUCUUUUGUUUUCCGGUACGUUUUUAGCAUCAGAACCAAACAUCACUUACUUUCUCCUCAUUUAAACCUUUAACACGAAUAAUUGCUGCUGACAUGACUGGAGAUACAGUGUCCGGUCAAUGUCAGGAGCUCACAUCAGGUAUCUCUGCUUUAAAGCCUUCAGAUUUCAGACAGAAAACAUUGCAGUGAGCGUAACAGCUCAGACUUCUUUUAUUUUACAUGACAGUGCUAACGCUCACAUCCAUACUCUAUCAUCUCUUUAUAAAUCAUGCAGAAAACAUGCAUCAAAUUUUAACCGCGUAUGCUUCAAAUUUGGAAACGAGUCUUUUCGUAGCAUAUGUGAUAAGUGUCUUAGUGGAUACAGCAGUCUUCCUCAUUGCUCAAAUUAAACACAAAAUUUUACAAAUGAAGGCACUUUUAUAGAAUAUUUUUUUAGGAAAACAAAGUAGCCGACCUUAUUUAUAUCUUGACCCUGUGCUAGUGACAGUAUCAUUUAAAAUUCGGUUUAUUUACUAUUAUGGUCUUAAGCACAAAUCAGUCAUGCGUUAUCUCAAUCCCACUCAAAAUUACGAGUUUGAUUGUUUAUUUAAAGUAGUUUUUACUAAACUCUUUUCAUUUCUUUGUUUUAAACUGAUUCAUAUGCUAUUUGAUUGCAUGGCUAAUAAAUUGUUUACAAGUAACAGAUAUUGUGCAUUUUAGCUCAGGUGUGACACCCUCGUAUGUAAAAUAACUAGUGACAAUGUUGCUUAGUAGUCAUUAUUAGGGCCAGCUUACCAGCACUAUGACUCAUUACGCACCUCAAGAGGUUAAAGGUCAUUGAAGUCUUUGCUCAAGUGAUCUAGCAGUUAACAAACACUCAUAAGAACAUAGCUGGGGUCAUUUAAGGCCCUUUCUCAUAUAAAGACAAAUACUGUUUACCUUUGUUAAUGAUGAAUUGAUGGUUUUAGUAUGGCUUGCAUCAUGUUUGCCUGCAGCAUGAGCAGUAUUUUGAAAAGCAAAACUUUUGUAGGUUGUUUAUUUGUGAGGUAUAACAUUUGCCUUAAUAAUACAUUAUUAAUUUGUGCCAUGCCAAAUCUACUAUAUUAUAUUAUAUUAUAUUCUUGCAUUCUUCUGAUUUUUAAAGCACUUUCUCUUGUGCAUUGUGUCUAGAUUAAAGUCAUGUGACUGGCCUGUUAUCAUGCAUGCAGGUGCUGUUAUAUAUAUCGGUGUAGUCUGGCAUUGAUUGCACUCAAGUAGCCGGUAGCACUUUUUAAAUGAAGGAAUUCAAUAUUUCCUAUUUGAUUAUGUUGCUCAAGAUUAAUCAUCAUCUCUGAAGCUCUCAUUUUAUAGUUGCUUUUAUGAGACAAAUCAGUAUGUGUAGUAAUAAUAUGAAUACAUUAUUACUCUGACAGGAUUUGUUAUGACCAACUAGAUCAAAGCAACAAUGAUUUACAUAUUAUAUGAAGUGUGAUGUAAUGGCUGUAAUGACAAUUGAUGAAAUGAUCCCCCUGUUUAUUUUAUGAAUAAACAUUAAACA